AUGGCUCCUUCAAAAAUACAAGGCGAUGAUUCAGAGCGUAGUAAUGGUGCUGAUGGUGUUUCAAGUACACCAGGUGGUCUUAAUAUCUCCGCUGCAAAGGCUACUGCUGCUGUUAGUGUAAACAAAACGGAGAGUCAUAUAACCUCGUUUUCUGCCGCUGGGGAUCAUUUUUCAGGAAUGACUAUUCAUCAAGCAGCUCAACAAGGGAAUUUACAUAUUAUUAAAAGUUUAAUUGAAAAUGGAUAUGCUAAGGCUACAGAUAGAGACUCACAAAAUGUAACGGCUUUACAUUGGGCUGCUAUCAAUAAUCAAGUAGUUGUAGCAAAAUAUUUGAUCGAAAAUGGAGCUGAAAUCGAUGCUUUUGGUGGUGAUCUAGUUGCAACUCCUUUACAUUGGGCAGCAAGAAAUGGACACCUUUCAAUUGUAACCUUGUUGAUUAAUCAUGGAGCUGAUCCAAACUUACGAGAUUCUCAGGGAUUUAACGGGCUUCACCUUGCAACUCAUUCCUCUAAUACUAUGCUAGUUUUAUAUCUAAUAUAUCAAGAUAUGGACAUUGAUACUCCUGAUACGCUUCAACACACUCCUUUGAUGUGGGCUGCAUACCAAGGAGAUCCAUUGACAUUAGAUUUAUUUAUUAGACUUGGUGCUUCAAUCUCAAAGGUUGAUACUGCACACUUUACUCCUUUACAUUGGGCUGUUACCAAAGGAAAUCAAAUAUGUGUGAGAAAAUUAAUAGAAGCCGGCGCCGAUAUAAGUGCGAAAGAAGAAAAAGGAAAAUCUCCUGCGGACCUUGCUCGAGAAAUGAACGUUGAAAAGGUUUGGAAUAGAGCUUUAAGUGAAUCUGGAUGGACAAAGUCUGGGAAUAGAAAAAUUUAUUUAUUUGGUCAAGUUCUCAUAAGAGCACAUGUACCGGAUGCAAUGAUGAGAACUCCGUAUUUCUCGAGUUUAUUUCAAGCAAGUGCUUUUUGGGUUGCCGUUUUGACGGAUCCAGGAUUUGUUCCAAAAUUGACAGCUCGGGAAGAACAAAAAGAGUUGGUAAUCAACCUUGCAAACAAAGGAAUGUUGGAUGCGAGACAUUUAUGUAUUACAUGCUUGGUUAAUUUCUUGGGUGCUGCACCUGUAUAUGAUCCAAUCCCAUCCGAACCAUGUUUCUUAAAUGACACGAUAUGUGGAUUUUUCCAAUAUGACACAUGGACCAUGUCCUUGAGUAUUUGGUUAGCAUUACAACUCACAUGGACUAUUGGAUUGAUUUGUAUGCAGAGUUAUCAGAUUGCUACAGCAAAAACCACCAAUGAAAUGGCAAAUUUCCACCGAUAUUCAUAUUUUGGAAAUCGUAGUGGUGGAAAUGUUCGAGAACAAAUUAUGGCUACACUAGCUGCAGGACCAGGUGCAAGUAGAGCCGCACAAGUUGGAGAUCAUGGUGGAGAUGAUUUAACAGCUACUGAGGAUGGAACAGAUGAAGGAUUUGGCGAUCAUGCUCAUCAAAGACAUGGUCAUAAUCGAAACCAUCAUGAUAACCUUGGUCUUUUAAGAUUAUUUGGCGGAAAUAGUCAAAGGAAUUCUCACAAUGCUUAUAAUAGUUCCAAUGGAAAUCCAUUUGAUUUUGGAUGUUGGAAUAAUUGUGUGGACUUUUGGUCACAAGGUCAAGGUGGUAUGUUACAAAAUGUCGACUGGUAUGGACUUUUCGAUGUUCCUCUGGUUGAACGAAGAACUAGUAUGACUUCAAGAGGAACUGGCGGAUAUAUGGCUGUGAGAGGUGAAGAAGAAAUUGUAUAA